AUGCCUGAAAUGCAAGACCACGAGGGCAAGCCCGUACGCGAUCACAUGGCGCGGGUAAAUGGUAUCCGCUUACAUUACAUCACAUCCGGAUCGGGUCCACCUCUACUCCUACUACACGGCACACCUAAAACACAUUACUACUGGUAUCGCAUCGCGCCUUUUUUGACGAAAAAGUUCACAAUCGUCGCCCCAGAUCUGCGUGGAUUCGGUGCAACAGACAAACCACCUGCCAGCGAAGGUUACGAUGGUCGGACAAACGCGACAGACAUGGCCGAAUUGAUGCACCAACUAGGGCACGAGAAGUUUGCUGUCCAUGGCGAGGAUCGGGGCGCAACGUAUGCCUUCUGUCUCGCAGGACUUUAUCCAGAGCGGGUAACCCAUCUUUCUUUCUGCGAGAUGCUGCUUUCCUACGCCCUUACCAAGCAAACGUUCUUCACACGCAAGAACAUUGCUGCUCAGUACAAUCAAAGUGGUGUUUGGAACUGGCAUAUCCCCUUCUUCUGGCUUCCGCAUGUACCGGAGAUGUUGAUCCAAGGGAAGGAGGAAGAGUUUUGGACACAUUUUAUGAAGGCAGAGUGCUAUAAUCCUAGUGCGUUAGAUCAGGUAGCCGUCAAUGAGUGGGUGGGAUGUCUGAAGGCACCCGGCGGGCUGAGGGGUGUCUUGGAAAGUUAUCGGGCGCAUUGGGUCAAUGUAGAUGUUGAAGAGGAGAUUUUGAGCAAGGAGAAGUUGAAAUGUAAAGUUAUGACCGUGGGAGCCCCUGAGUAA